AGUUAUCUUGUUUGCUUACUUGGUUUGUGUUAGUUUGGUGGGUUUGAAUUUGAUUUAGGGGGAAGCGGGUGUUUGUUUGUCGUGUGUGUAGUUGAAAUCGUUGUUUUGGGUUGUGUAGUUUUGGUCUGUUAGUGUAUAGACUGUGUUGUUGUUGUUGGUUUUUUUCUUUUUUUUUUUCCAUUGGAAAAUUUUCUGGAUUAGGAUAGGAAUGGGAUGAGGUUUUCAGCGGAGAUGGGGGAAUGAGAACAGGAUGAGGUUUGUGCUAAGAUUGGGGAUUAGGGCUUUUCGCCUUGAUUGCUGGGAAUGUCUUUUCUCUUCUUCGUUUUUUCCCCCCGGGGUUAAGUUUGGAUUUGUUGCUGAGGAAUGAAUGUGUACCGGUUUAUGGGCAGUAAGAGUUGAGACAGUCUCUUUCUGGGUUUUCAAUCUUGUUGCAGGCUCGAAAUUAUAACGUAAAUGGUGCAUAACUGUUGCAGCUUGCAACUAAGAGAUGGGUAAAGAGGAAAGCCCACAGAUCAGUAGAAGAACCACAAGAUUGUCUUCUUGUAGCACUCCGAGUCUAAAAGCUCCAGUAGAGGCUUCAAAAGCUACUAAUAAGUUGCAAUCUUCGUCAGUAGACGAUCUUGUGUUCCAUGGUGAAUGCAUAAGUCUCGAUGAGUUAAUCAAUUCCUUUCCAGGGAGGCAAACAAAAAUUCUUGAAUUAAUCAAUCUUUUGGGCCCUUUGGAUUCCCCCCUGGUUCCGACAUUUCUCUAUGGAGGCGCUUCAACAGGAAAGACAAGCAUUAUACUUCAGAUGUUCAAGCACUUGACCCGCCCAUUCAUUUACUCUAGCUGCAUCACCUGUUAUAAUCCCCGGAUACUGUUUGAGUCCAUCUUGAAUCAGCUUUUGCUUCACAGGAAGAACGAGAGCAAUGGUUAUUUGAGUGCUAAGCGAUGUGAAAAGCCCUCUGAUUUUGUUAACCUACUGCGUGAAGCUUUGAGUACUCUUGUAGACAGUCUCAAAGGGAAUCCUGGAAAGUUGAGCUCCAAGAAGUCGUCUUCGCAGGUUAAUGGGAGGAUGGUUUACUUGAUAUUUGAUAAUCUUGAGGUUGUUAGAGAAUGGGAUAAGAGUUUUAGUAUAUUACCCCUUUUGUUCAAUUUGUAUGAUAUUCUGAAAAUGCCAGAGCUUGGUCUGAUUUUCAUCAGUAGGACUUCUCUUGAUACAUUUCAAUCAGACACAGGUUAUGUCGAGCCAUUUCCUGUCUAUUUUCCUGAUUACACAGAAGAUGAUUUGCGCCUUAUAUUCAUGAAAAAUCAAGCAAAUCCCAAGCUUUAUUCCUCGUUUCUGGAUUUGGUGCUGAGACCUUUCUGUAGAAUUACAAGACGGAUUGACGAAUUAUCUACGGCCUUCUUACCUUUAUUCAAGAAGUAUUGUGAACCUCUUGGUGAUUUGGGGGCUGUCCCUAAUGAAGACAUGAAGAGAAAAUUAUUUAGUCAUCUUCAACCAUUCAUCUCACUUUCCCUGAAUGAGACGUCCAGUGUUUCUUUUCAACCUCUGCUCAAACCCUCAGCUAACAAAGACAGGACCCUGAGGAAGAAUACCACAAAGAAAUUGGGAGCUUUUGAAACUCUAGAUGAAAUCGACUUCCAUAUGUCUACUUCUGCAAAAUAUCUGCUUAUUUCUGCAUUUCUCGCUUCAAGAAAUCCAGCAACCCUUGAUGCCUCACUUUUUGAUUCAACAGGGGGAUCAGACAAUCGGAAAAGAAAGAGAAAGGGCUCUGAAAGAUCAAUGGAGCAGAAGGAAACUAAAGAACAAGAGUUACUCAUGAAAGGACCUGGAACUUUCCCUCUAGAAAGGUUGUUGGCCAUAUUUCAAUGCAUCACAUCUGUUGCAGAGUAUUUACAUGAUGACGAAGAACCACAAAAUGCUGGCCUGGAAGCUGAGGGCUCUGCUAGUGGACUGAUGUCUGACAUUCUCUUGCAAUUAUCCAGUCUAUGCAGUGCCAAUUUUAUUACCAAAGGAGGAAGCUGUCCACUGGAAGGCUCAACACGGUACCGCUCCACAAUAUCUGAAGAUAUGGCUUUAAAGAUAGCAAGGAGUCUGAAGUUCCCCUUGUCAAAAUACUUGUACAGAAGGUGAUAUAUUGUUCAAUACUCAUGUUGCCUUCAACUGAUGCAAUAAGUAAGGUUAACCUUGAAUAGAGCAAAGCUCUAUUGGCUACAUGUGGAAAUGGAAUCCAGCCAAUUCAAGAACGGUCCAACAUCAAAGCGUGGCUGCUAUUGUUCCCAAGUUCUGAAGUGCUCCAGCUUGCUAAAACGCCCAUCAUUUGGUUUCUUUGGGAUUUCAACGGAAUGUGAAGCUGUGGGAAAGAAAUUGUACUGUUUGUCUAUCUUUUGCAAGUGCAAGCACCAUUUCCUGCUUUUCCCCUGGAGCCCCCUGUUUAUAUCAUUUAGUCAGCAUUCAUAUGCUUUGGCUUGUUUAUUUGUAAUCAAAUCGCCUUCUGCCUGUCAAAUGAUUUUGACUUGAGGAAUGCUCUUGAUUCUUAUACUUA